UCCGCUAUGUAUACACAUCGGCCGUACUCUUUGUAAAUAAACAUUCCGAGUGCAAUAUUUGUGGACGUGACCAAACAGACGAAAACAAAACAAAACCCCUAAACGUCCUAUUAACCACAAACAGAAUUGUUAGGAGAUAUGAUGAUCAUUAUAACACUAUAAUGUCGCGUGGGCAGACGACAAUAUCAGACGAGAAACACGAGUAAAGAGUUACUAGUGAUUAUGACGGGUGAUUGGGUCGAGGAUCUUCUUUCAUGUACCGAGGAAUUAACCUCACAGGAAUGCAUUAUCAAGAGAUCGGAGAAAAAUGAUGAACGCUAUCUGUUGAAGCUAAAAAGGGAAAUGUCAACAACGAACUACUUCGAUACCCCUUCAGAAAGCACCUCAUCAGUGAUGGCUGAUGUGCAGAAACGUGAUUUGUCAAACAAACCUCAUUUUGAAAAAGACGUCAUUAAAAUAGAAAGAAUUUGUGAUCAGAGCAAUACCGAGGGGAUGUGUACAAGCAGUACCUCACCUUACUGUUAUGAUGAAUGUGACAGCAGUCGCAGCCACGUCAGUCCACCAUACAGUGAUACAAGUAGCCAGCAGAGCCCCCACACCACAAUGUUUACACCCCCCAUCAAGAAGGAUUACAACAGCAACAGCCCUCCCUCACCAGACCAGACAAAGGCCAACUAUGACGGGCGACAGGGUGGCCAGCCAAGCCCAGACUCUGUCAGCCAUACGGUAACAUCAAAGACAUCCACGCCGAUGUUGCCUCCAUGUCGCGUGUGUGGUGAGAAAGCUUCAGGAUUCCAUUAUGGGGUCAACACUUGUGAAGCUUGUAAGGGAUUUUUCCGUAGAAGUCUCAAGAGGAAGACUGACUAUAGAUGUCAAGGUCUAGCAGGCAGGGAAUGUAUCAUAGAGCCUGGCCGAAGAAACAGUUGUCCCAAGUGCCGUUACAAAAAGUGCCUUACUGUAGGAAUGUCAAAAGAAGCGAUCAAAACAGGAAGAUACACACACGAAAAACGUACAAAGGAUAUCCGUGAAAUUAAGCAACUCCAAAAGCAGGAACCAGUUACGGAGAGCACACACGGGCCAUCACCCAGGCUGUCACCUGUUCAAGUGCCUGUUAGUUCAGAUGACAUACCAGCAUUGCGUGAAUCCUCACCCGUGAGAAUAAAACAGGAAGCAUUCUGUGAUGAAGAGAUAGAAGGCUUGCUGGCAAAGAUGGACAAAGCCCAGGAGGAAAUGUAUGGUCCCCUGUGGCAGGUUUGGCUGGAUGAGGACAAUGAUAUCAUAAAGAAGACUCAGAAAUAUUAUGAUGAGUUCAUGGCAAAAAAAGAGUUAUUCGGAGAUUUGUCUGGUAUUUCAAAAGAAGAACACCGUACUUUCUACGAUACGACGGGAAUUGACCUUGAUAAUCGACUGGAGAUGAUGAGUAACAUUGCUACAACCAUGGAAAAUGGGAUUACAAAGUAUAUCGGAUUCGCAAAAAACAUUCCUGGGUUCUCUGAGCUGUCACUGGAUGAUCAGGCAGCACUUGUCAAAAGUUCAAGGUUCGAGUUCUGGUUCUGGGGAUUUUAUAGGUUUAUAAAUGCUGACUUGGAAAUCACAACAAAUUUAAAAGGAAACUGUUAUCACAUACGAGAACUCUUUAAACUGUGGGACGAGACAUUCAUCACAACGUUAUUCAGUUUUGUGCGUUCUGUUCAGAAACUGAACUUGUCAGUUCUGGAAAUAUCCAUUAUCAGAUGUAUCAUUCUGACUUACACAGACCGCUGUAACUUGGGAGAUCCAGACAAAGUGGAGAUGAUCCAGUGGAGGAUGAUAAUGUGCCUCAAGUACCUUAUAGAAAAGACCCAUCACCCCCAGGAGCAUUUCCUCUCCAAGAUCUUCGACCGUCUGGCAGCAAUACGAUGUCUAACAGAAAUCAACACCAGGGUCUCUCAGAGCCUCAAGCUGGAGUGGCCUGUGAUCAAGAACCACCCUCUGCUGUUGGAACUCAUGUCUAUUUAACGUGUCUGUUGUUCAGACGUUUAUGUCUAUAUGAAAUGUGUGCUUUUAUCUAGGCUAAGCUCAUGUCUAUUUAACGUGUCUGUUGUUCAGACUUAUAUGUCUAUAUGAAAUGUGUUGUUUGAGCUCAUUUGAAGUGUGUUGUUUGAGCUCAUUUGUAUUUGAAAUGUGUUUAAAUUUACUUACUUUGUCUGUUUGUGAUAUGUUAUUUGAGCUCAUGUCAAAUUGUGUUCAUAUAGUUCAUAUAGUUCAUAUAGCGAUGACGCCGAUUGAAAGCUGUGAGCUUCUUAUGGCGCAUUUGAAUAUGUUAAAAUACUUGUUAAAAACACUUUUCACUUCCGUUGCGUAAAUUGUUUGAGCUCAUGUCUUUUAAAACUGUUGUUUUAACUCCUGUCUUUUUUAGGUCACCUGAGACAAAGUCUCAAGUGACCUAUUGCGAUCGCCUU